GAAAUCAGUUUCUGGCGGACGGACACUUUUUGGCAUCACACCGGCAUCGUACGUCUGUGUGACGUAGUUACGUACUGACGUCAAGCGGAAAUUUGCAGCAGCAAAUCUUUCUAGAAUCCUGUAGCUGUCUCACGCUAGCCCACGCUAGGUUUUAGGUGGCAUAAUGUCCAGGAUAGACUAUAGUGUUUGGGACCACAUUGAGGUGUCGGACGAUGAGGAUGACACCCACCCAAACAUCGACACACCCAGCCUCUUCAGAUGGAGACACCAGGCACGUGUGGAGCGGAUGGAAGACUUUAACAAAAAAGGUGAAGAAAUAGAUAAGACACUGCGUGAAUGCAAGCGUAAGGUUGCAGAGGCACAGAAGAAAGUACAGGAGCUGUCCAUUUCAACAUCGGAUGAUGCCAAGAAAGAACUGACCAAAGCCCAGGCUGAGGAGAAGAAACUGAAAAAAGAGGAACGGGAGUGGGAGAAGAAGAUGGAGGAGCACAUCCGGGAAGAGAAGAAGAUGCCAUGGAAUGUGGAUACACUCAGCAAGGAGGGUUUCAGCAAGAGCAUUGUUAAUGUCAUCCCCGAUUCUUCUGAGGAGACUGAAGAAGAGAAGGAGAAAAAGCAUAAAACCUUUGUGGAGAAAAAUGAGAAGCAAAUCAAACAUUUCGGCAUGUUGCGUCGCUGGGACGACAGCCAAAAGUACCUCUCUGACAACCCUCAUCUAGUAUGUGAAGAGACUGCCAACUACCUGGUCAUCAUGUGCAUUGACCUUGAAGUUGAGGAGAAACAUGCAUUGAUGGAACAAGUGGCUCAUCAGACCAUCGUCAUGCAGUUCAUUCUAGAAUUGGCAAAAAGCCUCAAGGUGGACCCCCGCGGCUGCUUCCGUCAAUUUUUUGCCAAGAUUAAGACCGCAGAUCAGCAGUACCAGGAUGCUUUCAAUGAUGAGCUGGAAUCUUUUAAGGAGCGGGUCCGGGGCAGGGCGAAGAUCCGCAUAGAGAAGGCCAUGAAGGAAUACGAGGAGGAGGAGAGGCAAAAGCGUUUGGGACCAGGAGGGCUCGAUCCUGUUGAAGUGUACGAGUCCCUGCCAGCUGAGAUGCAGAAAUGCUUCGAUGAGAAGGAUAUUGGAAUGUUACAAGAAGUUAUUAGCAAAAUGGAUCCAACGGAGGCGAAGGUUCAUAUGAAAAGGUGCAUAGAGUCGGGUCUCUGGGUCCCCAACUCCAAGACGGACGACGGAGAUGAAAAAGAAGAAGAUGCUACUUAUGAAGAAGUGAAACAGAAGGAGGAAGAAACUAAGAAGGAAUGACCAACUUUGAUCGAAUGAAUUGUUGUUUCUGCAAAUGUACUUACCCGCUGUAUUGCAACUCCACUAUGUGUAUGACUAGUUUGCCAAUCAACGAACAAGGAAAUAACCUCUCUAAAACAUUUAGCCGAGACUUAAGGGAUUAGCUUUUACCUUGCUGCACAACUGCAAUGCAUCUGAAAUUCCUGCUUGGAAAAGAAAUUGCCGUUUGUGUUGAGGUCUUUUUAUUUGUUUGGACAUCACUAAAGCUGUCUUCUUACAUUUACCUGUAUACACCUGUCAGUUUGUGUGAGUGUGUUUGCGCACACAUGCUUGUCUGGUUUUGCCUCUAUACAGCAUUCUAUACAUUUUCCAGUUGUGCAUACAAUUAAUUUUUCUUGUAAUUUCCAAAUUGAAGAUUUUAUUUUGACUUUUCUGGCCUUAAUCAACCGAUGUAUCAGAUGGUUAUUUCCCCCAAAGUGACAUUUUCUACAAACUUGCUUAACUAAAGGUUGAAUUAUAUCCAAAAACUCAA